CUCCUAACCGUGCUUUACACUCUCAAUGUUGUGAAACCAGACACCUCAAAAUAGUCUCGACGGCUCGCGUAUGGUCGAUAAACUCGUGUAGCACUACCUACCCAUCGAGGUGGUUGAGGAAGUAUAAGAAGUACGGGUGCUCCCUCCCUCCUCCACGUCUCUGAUUCCCAUCAUCACUCGAGCACAUUUUCCCAAUCCUCUAGCAUACUCGCAUUGUCUUUGCCAAGGUAGGCACACCCCUUCUCUCGCCCUCCCCUCUCCCAGUCGUGUUUAGGGCCAGUGCUAAGUUCCCUCAGUCACCAGAUCAGCCACCAUGCAGCUCAUCAAGUCCGCCAUUCUCCUUGCCUCGCUCUUCGCGGCCGCCUCUGCCGUCGCGGUGGAGGGGAGCAUCUCCUCCGAGGUCGACGCCAAGAUCAAGAGGGAUGCAGAGGUGGAGGUCCGAGAUGUCGAAGGCCGGGGCCUCGAGAAGCGCGCCUGCAAGAAGAACGGGUGCAAGUGCAAGAAGGGCACCAAGCAGGGCUCGUACUGCGGACUUUGCUCUGCCGUUACCGCCGCCGGGGAUGGCUGGUUCACCCGAGACAUCUUCGAGUGCAACUCUUCCGGUGGGUGCUGCGACUACGGGACUUCGUCGGUGUGUUCUGGCAACAACUGGGCGAGCUCGUGCCCCAAGUAG